GUGUAUAAAGUAUAUCAGGCCUUGUUGUUCCGAUGAAAUCUCGGUUGACCACUUCCGACGACGGUCUCAAGAUGAAGGCGCUUACAGCGAUCUGUCUGCUAGUGGUCUCACAGACUUUGGCAGAAAUCUCUGUCGAUGUUGGAGAGGCCGAGCGCGGCGUGAACAUCCUCACGCCAAGAGGAACUCAGCCGCUGUACGAGCUGCAGGUGUUGGACAACCAGGAAAGUGUCGAGAGUGAUGACGUGGUUUAUGUAAGCCUUGUCACCAACGACGACAACCGACCAAUCAAGACGUUCCACGUCAGCAUCCAGAGCCCGGAUGAGUGCGGUGUCGGCCAGAUCCGCGGUAACCAUGACGACAUCCUCAAUAAGGAGGAGGGCGCCGUGGUGACGGCCCAGGUCAACGUGGACUUGACCAAGGUGCCUCUCCGGUGGAAGACGCCUUCCUGUGGAUGUGUGACCGUCAGGUUAGUAGCCACCGCCAUUUUAAACUAA